AGAAAAAAAAGAAAAAAGAGAAAUAGAAAGGCUAAAAAUAACCCUCGCAUCCACUGCUCCGAAGAAUUUUAAGUGUUAGGUUGUAUUCCGACGACUCGCCGUUUUGGUCUGUUUUGGUCUCUGUAGCUCUGAAUUUUACUCAGCAAACUCAAUAAAGAUUGUAGCUUUGGCAUGUUAAUAAGUUGUUGGCAUUCAUUCUGAUUUUGAGUCACUUGACUGAAGGCUAUGACGAACUGUCAGCUUCUGUCUUUCAACUUGAGCAGCUCUUUGGUCAAACCAAACGAUUCCCUAAAAUUUCGAAUAACAGGUGCCUCAAGAACUGCAGUUUUCCCAUCUCACUAUUUUUCACAAGGAUUCAGUUUGAAGGGAAUAAGUUGCUCGAUGAAGUCUUAUAGAUUAUCUGAACUUACAUCUUUGGAGGUUGAUAGCCUCAAAGCUCGUCCUCGUAUAGAUUUCUCUUCGAUUUUCAGCACGGUCAACCCCAUUGUUGAAGAUGUUCGCAAAAGAGGUGAUGCUGCAGUGAAAGACUAUACAGCGAAAUUUGACAAGGUGAAUCUGGAUAGGAUAGUUGUAAAGGUCUCUGAUCUUCCAGAUCCUGAGCUUGAUCCUGCUGUUAGAGAAGCGUUUGAUGUGGCUUAUGAUAAUAUAUAUGCAUUUCACUUUGCCCAGAAGCCAUCGGAGAGAAGCGUAGAGAACAUGAAGGGUGUCAAAUGCAAACGAGUGGCAAGGGGCAUUGCUUCUGUGGGUCUUUAUGUUCCAGGAGGAACUGCAGUUUUACCCUCCACAGCUCUGAUGCUUUCAGUUCCUGCGAAGAUCGCUGACUGUAAAACAGUUGUUCUUGCGACCCCACCAAGUCAAGAUGGAAGCAUAUGCAAGGAAGUAUUGUACUGUGCAAAGAAGGCUGGUGUGACUCACAUCCUUCAAGCUGGAGGAGCUCAGGCUGUAUCUGCUAUGGCAUGGGGUACGGAAUCUUGUCCUAAGGUUGAGAAAAUCUUUGGCCCUGGUAAUCAAUAUGUCACAGCUGCGAAAAUGAUUCUCCAAAACAGUGAAGCCAUGGUUUCCAUUGACAUGCCUGCGGGGCCUUCGGAAGUUCUGGUCAUUGCUGACAAAUAUGCCAGUCCUGUUCACAUAGCUGCAGACUUACUUUCACAGGCUGAGCAUGGCCCUGAUAGUCAGGUUGUUCUUGUAAUAGUUGGAGAUGGUGUGGAUUUUAAAGCCAUAGAAGACGAACUGAACAAGCAGUGCCAAAGCCUUCCAAGGGGGGAUUAUGCCUCAAAAGCCCUGAGCCACAGCUUCACUGUAUUUGCUAGUGAUAUGCUUGAGGCGGUCUCUUUUUCAAACUUAUAUGCUCCUGAGCAUCUGAUCAUCAAUGUCAAGGAUGCAGAAAAAUGGGAGGGUUUCAUUGAAAAUGCAGGUUCUGUGUUCAUAGGGCAGUGGACACCAGAGAGUGUUGGAGACUAUGCAAGCGGGACAAACCAUGUACUCCCAACUUAUGGUUAUGCCCGGAUGUAUGGCGGUGUGUCUCUGGACUCUUUCCUUAAGUACAUAACUGUGCAGUCAUUGACAGAGGAAGGUCUGAGAAAGCUUGGUCCAUAUGUGGCAACAAUGGCGGAAGUUGAAGGGCUAGAAGCUCACAAGAGAGCUGUAACCCUUAGACUCAAGGAUAUCGAAGCCAGACAAGUUGCGGGUACAAGGUGAAUAAAUUGAUAAUCAUUCUCUCUUGCUCCACAUCCGUUUUUCUUCCCGGAAAAUGUAUUUGAUUCUAAUGGAAAAUACCAGAGCUACCAGAAUGUCUAUCUCGUUGCUUGUCAAUGUGGAGUAAAACUAGGUAUUGAAACAUUUCUUGUCUGAAACAGUUAAGAUCUUACCUUGUAAACUCGAAUGAAUGUUGUUUUUCUUUGUAUUGCAAACUGUUUCAUUCGGUUAAGACCAAGGCAAGUCUUUCAAAUUGCAUGGUGGUUUUCUCUA